ACCCGCAGGUGGUGGGGUCGAGCGCCGAACUCCGAGAACCGGGCUGGGUGAGGGGCGGUUGUGGUGGUGCAGUCUCGGUAGGCAGUAUGAGUUUGGCUGGGGGCCGGGCCCCCAGGAAGACCGCGGGGAACCGGCUUUCUGGGCUCCUGGAGGCAGAGGAGGAAGAUGAGUUCUACCAGACGACUUAUGGGGGUUUCACGGAGGAAUCGGGAGAUGAUGAGUAUCAAGGGGACCAGUCAGACACAGAGGAUGAGGUGGACUCUGACUUUGACAUUGAUGAAGGGGAUGAACCAUCCAGUGAUGGAGAAGCAGAAGAACCAAGAAGGAAGCGCCGAGUAGUCACCAAAGCCUAUAAGGAGCCUCUCAAGAGCUUGAGGCCACGAAAGGUCAGCACCCCAGCUGGUAGCUCUCAGAAGGCCCGAGAAGAGAAGGCACUGCUGCCACUAGAACUACAGGAUGAUGGCUCUGACAGUCGGAAGUCCAUGCGUCAAUCUACAGCUGAACAUACACGACAAACAUUCCUGCGGGUACAGGAAAGGCAGGGCCAGUCACGGCGACGAAAGGGGCCCCACUGUGAGCGGCCACUGACCCAGGAGGAGCUACUCAGGGAGGCCAAGAUCACAGAGGAGCUCAACUUACGUUCACUGGAGACAUAUGAGCGACUCGAGGCUGACAAAAAGAAGCAGGUUCACAAGAAGCGGAAGUGCCCUGGGCCUGUAAUCACCUAUCAUUCAGUGACAGUGCCACUGGUGGGGGAGCCAGGCCCUAAAGAAGAGAACGUGGAUGUGGAAGGACUUGAUCCUGCUCCCACGGCUUCUGCAUUGACUGCCCGUGCUGGGACUGGACCCAUCGUUUCUCCUGCUCGCUGCUCACGUACCUUCAUCACUUUUAGUGAUGAUGCAACAUUUGAGGAAUGGUUUCCCCAAGUGCGACCCCCAAAGGUCCCUGUUCGAGAGGUCUGUCCAGUGACCCAUCGCCCAGCCCUAUACCGGGACCCUGUUACAGACAUACCCUACGCCACUGCGAGAGCCUUCAAGAUUAUCCGUGAGGCCUACAAGAAGUACAUCACUGCCCAUGGACUGCCACCCACUGCCUCAGCCCUGGGACCUGGCCCACCACCUCCUGAGUCUCUCCCUGGCUCUGGGCCUCGAGCCUUGCGCCAGAAAAUUGUCAUCAAAUGAAGAGAUGUUUAGACCUUGGAAACCUCUUUCCUGCCCUGACUUGGGCUCUCAAUGUCUCCCUUCUCUUCCUGUUUCUCCUUUCGUUGUGUCUAAUCUUUGCCCAACCCUGCCCAACCCUUUUCUAUAUUUCUUUCCCCACCUUUUCCCCUAGUUCCUACUGGUCUUGUUUGUGUUUUGUAAUCUAAUAAAAUAGAAAGAUCC